CCGCCGCCGCCGCUGCAGCCCGAGCAUCCGGGAGCCGCCGCCGCCGCCACAGCCGCAGCCGCAGCUUCCAGCGCCGCUUGCACCGCUGCCGCCUCCCCUGCCUGGACCCCCUGAAACACACUGAGCACCAGCGAGCGGCGGCUGCUGCUGCUGGCUGGCUCCCCUGUCCCCCCCCCUCCAUCCCCUCCGCCCGCCCCCCUCCCUUCGGUGACCUGCCCACUCCUUGCAAGCCCUCGCCUGCACCUUCCGCGACACCCCGGCAUCCCUGCACCGCCACCUGCUCCAGGCAGCCCGGGCGGGCGCUGGGACUUGCUGUGCGCGCCGAGAAAGGCGAGCCCCUAACCCGUGCCUGGUAGCCGGACUGUCGCUGCUGCACCGCCGCCACCACCACCUCCACCACCGGCAGCAGCAGCAGCAGCAGCAGCAGGAAGAGGCAAAGGAGAAGAAGAAGAAGAAACUCUUUCGCCCACCCGAAACCCAUUCUGCGGGUGUGCUUCGCUGCUGUCGCUUCUGCCGCCGCCGCCGACCCUCGUCCGCGGGUUCGAGCACCGCAGAGGACGGCGGGUUCUGCGGGCGCCACGAGGAAGACACCGGCAGAACAACCCACCACCCUCGCCCCCCCCCCCCGACCACCACCACCUCCGCAACCCGGUGUGACCCGCAUCACCAGCGCCUCCUAGCCUCCCCCCGCGUUCCGUCCCAAGCCUUUUAGACAAGGGACCAUGAUUUGGAAACGCAGCGCCGUGCUCCGCUUCUACAGUGUCUGCGGGCUCCUGCUACAAGCGGCUGCUUCAAAGAAUAAAGUUAAAGUUGGCAACUUGGGAAAAAAAGGCAGCCAAGGGCAGUUCCCACUAACUCAGAACGUAACGGUUGUUGAAGGCGGAACUGCAAUUUUGACCUGCAGAGUUGAUCAAAAUGAUAACACCUCCCUCCAGUGGUCAAAUCCAGCUCAACAGACUCUGUACUUUGAUGACAAGAAAGCUUUGAGAGACAACAGGAUCGAGCUGGUUCGGGCUUCCUGGCAUGAAUUGAGUAUCAGUGUCAGUGAUGUGUCUCUCUCUGAUGAAGGGCAGUACACCUGUUCUUUAUUUACAAUGCCUGUCAAAACGUCUAAGGCCUAUCUCACUGUUCUGGGUGUUCCUGACAAGCCUCAAAUUAGUGGAUUUUCAUCACCAGUUAUGGAAGGAGACUUGAUGCAGCUGACUUGUAAAACGUCUGGGAGUAAGCCUGCAGCUGACAUAAGAUGGUUCAAAAAUGAUAAGGAGAUUAAAGAUGUGAAAUAUUUAAAAGAAGAGGAUGCCAAUCGCAAGACAUUCACUGUGAGCAGCACACUGGAUUUUCGAGUGGACAGGAGUGACGACGGCGUAGCUGUGAUCUGCAGAGUAGACCACGAAUCCCUUAACGCCACGCCGCAGGUGGCCAUGCAGGUGCUAGAAAUACACUAUACACCAUCAGUUAAGAUUAUACCAUCCACUCCUUUUCCACAAGAAGGACAGCCCUUAAUUUUGACUUGUGAAUCCAAAGGAAAGCCACUGCCAGAACCUGUUUUAUGGACAAAGGAUGGUGGAGAAUUACCAGAUCCUGACCGAAUGGUUGUGAGUGGUAGGGAGCUAAACAUUCUUUUCUUGAACAAAACGGAUAACGGUACAUACAGAUGUGAAGCCACAAACACCAUUGGUCAAAGCAGUGCAGAGUAUGUUCUCAUUGUACACGAUGUUCCCAACACUUUGCCUCCCACUACUAUCAUCCCCUCCCUUACCACUGCAACAGUCACAACCACAGUAGCCAUAACAACCAGCCCAACCACAACUGCAACAACCAACAGCUUAAGAGAUCCCAAUGCUCUGGCUGGACAGGCUGGUCCUGAUCAUGCUCUUAUAGGAGGAAUAGUCGCUGUAGUUGUAUUUGUUACACUGUGUUCCAUAUUUCUUCUAGGCCGAUAUCUGGCAAGACAUAAAGGAACAUAUUUAACAAAUGAAGCGAAAGGGGCUGAAGAUGCACCGGACGCUGACACAGCCAUUAUCAAUGCUGAAGGCAGCCAAGUCAACGCCGAAGAGAAAAAAGAGUAUUUCAUUUAAAAUGCAGGCCGAGAUUCUGAAUUUUACUUACCAGGCUGACUGGAGAAAACUGGCUAUCAUCUUUCAGAAUUCAUUUCCACCAUCUUCUGCUACCUUUAUUAACUUCCAUACUGUACUGCUAUCCUUAGCCAGUGUAUACCAACAAUCAGCUGUCGAAAACAUCAUUCUUUAAUUACUGUACAUCCAUAAUGCAGGAUAUUUCUUCUUACUGCCUAAAUUCCACACCAUUGCUCUUUUAACAUACAUACAGUGCUUGAAUUUACAGCCUUAACAAUGUUAUUCAUCUCCUUGGGUCAUGAUAUUGAAUUGUUUUUAUACAUUGAAAAAUGUAUGCAGAUUUUUAUUUCUCCCUCAUUUUUUUUCUCCCUCUUAAACUCACAGACGGUAUCAGUAUGCCACUGGAUAGCUUUCACAGGGGAUGGGUUUAGUUAAUAACCUAAUGUAUUUAAGUUUAAUUAGAGGUUUACAAAUAAUGUUUCUGACAUGUCGAUCUUCUGACACAUGUUCUGGAAACAUACACCCUAGAAAACACAAACUGAAAACACUAGUGUAGAUUCUGAAAUGUUUGAGUUUACUGGUAAAACUGUAUCAAUUUGCUAUUUGAAAAUGUAGUAUUUGAUACAGGAGCCGUAUGUAGGAUUUAUAGUCAUGAUAUGAUAUCUUAUAUAGUUCCUGUCAUUAGGUUAUUUUAGCUCCAUUUACAAGUAAACUGUUUCAAACAUUUUACUGUUUUGGAAAUAACAAAAUAUGUCAUUCAUUUUUUUUUAAAUUUGAUUCUGUAAUUUAUUUGUUCCACAAAGACUCACCUACCUAAACAAAAUUUAAAUAUCCAUAGGGCACAAUUUUGAGACAUUUUAGUAUCUGUAUAUAGUGCAUAUAAUAAAUCCAAUUAAACAUUAUUUGAUACAUAUUUAACUUUUUUGGCUGUAGGUAAUUCAGUCAUAAGUUAGCAUUUUCUAAUGUCCAUUCUAUCCCUUUAGAUAUUAUUACUUAAAACCAAUACUAUAAGUAGAUAACAUGUAUUAGUAUUUUUGUCUGUAUGUCCUAGCACUGUUCAAAAACAAAUUUUUCUAGUUCUUGUUAAUUUUUAUUUGUUAUACAAUGGAAGCACAAUGUUAUAAGGAAAGGUAAUUUUAAGCUAACAACCAGUGCACAGCCUCAGGUGUUAAAUUACAACCACAGUUGAAUAAUAACCUAAAUAUAAACUCUUAGUUUGCUAAAAAAAAAUUACGAAUUUUAAUUUGGCAGUUCCAGGACUGCUUACCUAUGUUGAUUUGCCAAAAACAAGCAUUUAAGGUAUGGUUUCUGUAUAAAUGAAUUAAUCCUUUAUGUUAAAUUCCUGUCUAUGCAUUUUGUGAGGUACAAAGUUAUGAAACAGUGAGUGACAGAGAAUUUAUGCCAUGCUUUUAACUCCAAGGUGAAAGUCUCUUUCUCUGGAUUAUUUCUGAAAUUUUGGUGUAUUUAACAAUUAAGAAAUGCUGUAUUUUUUAAUAUGACAUAGAGUCUAUCUAAAGUCAUAUUAUUUCUUCUAGAGUAAUUCAAUAUUACUAGAUUAUUUCUCAUUAAAUUUAUUAUAUACUAAAGAUUUAAAAAAUCCAGCUAGAUAAAAUUUAUUUUCCCAUUCACAAGCAUCGCACCUUUAUGGAGGAAGCAAAUAUGGCAAUUUGAUAGCUGGACUUGUGAUGUCUGAAAUCAUGAUGGCCGAUGGUUUUAAAAAUACCUUGGAAUUUAUGGGUAAAAUAAGAAUGGCUGAGUAUGACAUCAUGUAUUAAUAUCAAAUGACAGAGAAGGGUGCUGUAUCUUAGAUUAUCAGAAAGUAUAAAUCUUUUAAAGAAGACGUUAGAAUUUUUAAAUUGUUUUUUAUUGUUGAAGCACUUAUCUUGUUGAUUUCUUAUAAAAGAAAAAAGAACGAUGUCAGUCAAGCAGCACUUUUUUUCAGAAUAUACCGAACAUAAAUAAUAUGAUGUGGUUGAGUGUUAACAUAAUAAAUCAUAUACAGUAUGACAUUUUAAGGAAAUAAAUCUGCAUUGAUGUGAUUGCAUGCUUGUUUUUACAGUUCACUCCAUACCAUCUGUGGAAAAAUGCAAUAAUAUGUUAAUAUAGUAUGGUAGUUUGAAAGAAUCAGGUAGGUGCUAUUAGACACACUGAAACUAGACUAGGUUUAUAAACUGUUCAUAUCUUUCAAUGCAUACUCUUUAGAAAGACUCCACACAGCAAAAUUCAUCCUGUUAGUACAAAAUGGAAAGGUUCUUAUUACAAAAGUAGGUUGUAUAAACCGCAUCAUCAAUUACUAUUUAAAGCCUAAUUUCAGGACGCACUUUGAAAAUUGCUACUCUUCAUCAAUGCUAUAUUUACAUCCCUCUUCAUUCCCUCUAGAUUCUACUGGUCUCCAAAUGCUAAACUGUUGCCUAAAUAACUCAGUCAUUAUUUAUAGCACUAUAAAAUUAGAAAUCCCAAAUUAAUUGCAUUUCAAGGUUUUUACUCUUUUAGCCCUCUGGGGUACUAUAGAAACUUACUGGAACUCUCUCAACAAAACUAGCAUGCUAUGAUUUGAGAAGCUCUAAUCAAAUGUUUUCCUAGUUUGAAUUAGGUAUCAUUUUCAAUUUAUAAACAAUAGCUAUGAAAAUUGUAUUCUCUUAUUUUUUCAGUUAUUUGAUUUUUACCAAACAAGGGAGUAAGUAAUAAAACAUGCUCAUUUCCACAAAAAAAAAAAAAAAAAAAUUAAACCAGAAAAUAUGAGGUGAUGUUUCUAUAAUAGUUGAAACUGUCAACUGCAGGUUAUUCACAAAGAGACAAAUUGUAUCUCUGUGAGCAUAGUGGUUUAGGAACUUAUUGUAAAGAACACACACACUCCUAGUAGAAUAUGGAGCAUAAAUCUUUAUUAAAAAUAAUUUCUCUCUGCUAGUGUACUGUUUCAAUUAUAACCUGAUUGAUCUCCAUCAGAAAAGUGUAAACACCUUUCUUUUCUUCAUUCCCCCACCCCUACGCUUGCAUAUUCUAGAUAAAAUGAUUAUCAAAAUUAGGAAGAAACAGGAAAAGUUUGUGAGUGCAAAAGUAAAAGCAAAGACAGAGAGCAUUUGAAGAGUACUGAUGUGUCUGAAUGUGUUUGUGUGUGUGUGUGUAUGUGUGUGUAUGUGUGUGUACACUUGCACGCUUGAGAGAGAGAGAGAGAGAGAUUGAUUUUUCAACUUGUUUUCUUUUACCAGAGAAUCCAAGAAGCAGUUUAAGGAACCUGACAUUGGAGUUUAAUGUAGAAACUGGAUGAGCUCAUAUUGUCUCAAGAUGCUUAAUCUUGCAUUGAAGCCCCACAAUUGAAAUAACAAAUAGAGAAAGAAAAUUAACUUUCCUAAAUAUGGCAAAGAAGCUAACACCUUUUAUUUCUGUUUCUUUGUAAAAAAAAUAUAUAUAUAAAUAUCUGAAAAAUACAGGCUCACUUGUAAUUAUGUACUCAUGACUGUAACAGCAUUGAGACUCCAUAUAGGCACAUGUACAGCAACUGUUGAAGGUAACGUUCUUCCAUGUAACAUAGCAGUUAUCGUGUAGUUCAGUGCCACUUAUUGCAAAGUGUUACCAAGGGGAACAUUUAAAAUACUUUUCCUUUUUGCUUUGAAGUUGAAAAUAAUUUUAUGAAUGAUAAGUAUCAAAUUUCAUAUUAUGUUGUUUAUUCUGGAGAAAAUGCAAAUUCUUCUCACAUCUUCCUACAGUUUUGCCCAUCAUGUUACUAGGUACUUAGAGCCCUUAAAAUGUUCACUGUCAUCCAUCCCUUUUGCAAAUGGUAGUCUGUGAUGAAUACACAAUACAGAGUGAAUAAUUUUAAGUAACGAAACACUGCAACGAUAGUUGAAAUAAAUAGAACACUGGAUGAUAAUUACCAAGUAAUGCUUUUAUUAAGUGGCACAAAGUACACACUAAAAACUAUGCAAAAUAUAGGUAACUACAGUGUAUGUACAUGUAAGUAUCUUGUACUUGCUGUGUAUGGAUGUUGGAAACCCAUGUAAUUAUAAUAUGCAUUUUGAAUAUUGGGAAAGAGGAAAUCUUAGUGUAGAUAAUAGAACUUGUUUUGAAAUAUAUACUGGCAAUAUUGAAAUAUACUCAGUGCAAUAUCUGCAAUUCUAUUGCUGGAUACUUAAUGCAAAAGAAUUUUAAAAGAAUUCUUCAACAAGAUUCAAAGGGUUGCUAAUUUUCAGUUCCCACACACCAUUUACACAUUAAUUAAACAUACAACUUCAAGUUUUUUCCUACUUAGUCAUUAAUGUGAAACAAAAUUAUCUAACCUCAUUUUCAUCAUUACUAGAGAGAAAAAAAAAAACAAGUUUUAAAUUUUGGUUGGUAUCUAAAGGAAUUUGCAAUUCUUAAACGUUCAAAUGUAUGUAUAUUUGAACAGAAUUUGGUACUUUUAUUAUGAGAACAAAUUUGUUCAGUCCAAAAAAACACAGAUUACUUUCAUCAUUUAAGUCAUUACACUUAACUGACAUUUUUAGUAACUUUCUUCUUCCUAAUAUUUUUUUUUUUCUCUUUCCCUCCUUAUUAAGGGCCAAGCAUGCCCUUUGCAUUUAUACCCUUCCAAAGGCAUUGAAUUGAAAAUAGCACGAUAAUAAAGAGAGCUAAAGGGGACAACAUAUAAAAAUGGGUUCUAAACUCAUCAGCAUUUUUAUGUAUUGAGAUUAUUAAUACUGAAUGCAAUAGAUACUGGAUAUAGCUGGUAAGUUCUCUGCCAUGCAUACUUACAAUAAUCCUUCUACCUCUCACUUUUAACAUGGGCUAUGAUACUUCGAUAUAAAUAGGAAAAACACUACAAGGUAUCCCAGGAAGCACUCUUUUGGGACUAUCAGUACAGUCCACUCUCCACCCUCUGGGAAAUCUCAAAGCCAACUUCUUUUAAUGUAUUCAACAGUGUAUGGAUCUGCAUUUGUUGUUCCUUUUCUAGUAGUAACUGUUCCUAUAGGCAAAGUAUGAUAACUUUGUAGGGAGAGUUCUUCUCAUGCCUAUUUAUUACUUUGGUGUAAUAGAAUUGUGUUGAGUUUAAAUAAUAAUUCAAAGGGCAACACUUUGCAACCCAACCUGACAUUUUCUUUUAUAUUUAAAAUGUGGCCAUUUCUUACAAAUUAAUGCAGUGCACUUAAAAAAAAAGCACGUAUAGAAUUUUAUGUCCACCAAAGUGUUACCUAAGAAAUGCAAAAAUUAAAGUAUUUAAAACUGCCUCCAUAACAAAACAUUAUUGAAUAAUGAGUGCAAAGUAUUGCCACGAAUGCCCACUUUAAUUUGUCUAUGUAGACAUAGUAGGAAGUUAUCAAAUAAUGUAGUUCAAGUAUUUUCACAAGAAAUGACAUUUUGAAAGCAAAAUUUCCUCUAGGGAAAAGGAAAGACACAACGUAUUUUAGAUCAUCAUGCUGAUUCUGUAAAGUUAUUCUAUGUCAUGUGGUUGUGUUACAAAUCAUAUUUGGUCCAAUCUUUACCAUCUUUUUUUUCCACAUACAUAUAUGUAUGGAAAAUAGAUUUGUUUUCCUUAUGUAUAUAUAUGUUCGUUGCAAGAAUUGUAUGGUUACUUUGGAGAGAGUGGGCCCAAAUGUGAAAAAGAUGAUAUAAAGAAAAAAAAAAAAACACUAUUUUCCCCUAUGAAGUAUACUGUAUAUUUAAGAAAAGAAGAAAAGUUCAAUGACAUUUGAAGAUUGCAGGGGUAAAAAAACAACCUACCAGGGCUCAGCACUUAAGCACUUUUUCCCACACCCAGGGUCAGAACAGCAGAUAUUCCUACAUGGACUUUUAAGUGCGGUAAUAAAAUGCCACAUUACACUUCUCUUACACAGAGUACUGUCAAACCUCAAACAUUUUCUUUCUUCUGAUGCUUUUCCUUGUACAUGAUAAUAGUAAACCCUUUCCUCUUUAUAUAUUUGCUGAUAGUGAAAGUUAUAUGCAAUAAAAUAUUUGAUGGUUGAAAACAGUGAUCACCAGUUAGUUUAAAAGAAUAUGAAAUGUAAACUGAAUUGUUUUCUCUUGAUCCUUUUUGCUUUCCUCUGUGUAUCUAAUGUAUUGAAUGAUUCUCAUAAAUAGCAAGAAAAAUAAUUUAGAAAAUUUUCAAAGCUAGUAUUCUUUCUCCUUAUAAAUAUGUACAACUAUAAUAACCACUUUUACAAAUUUAUUUAAGUGUUCCUGCUGUUCUUAUUGUAGAUUCAAUGAUGUAAUUAAGUAGUAACCCAAGGAUUUCUGAGUUUGGGAUAACUGACCUAUUUUCGUCAUAUUUAUUCACAUCAAUAUUUGUGAAUUGGUUGUUUAGCUUUUCAUUCAACCAAAAUUAUUCCUUCAGAAAGCUCCAUUCUUAUCAUAAAUAUUCCAGUGUAACCAACAUUGAAACGAGUCUGCCAUGCUAAAAAGAAUUUAAAAACUUAUCUCUGAAAAUGGUACUUAGAAAUGCAGGUGUUCCCAGUGAUGUAGCUUCAAAAAUAAAGUGUUCUAUUUAAAUUACAUGAAAUUCAUCACGUUUGGAAGGGUAUAUUUAUGACAGCAUAAAAAUAAACUCUGUGCUGUGGAAAAAGAUUCAUCAAAAUCAAUCAAGCUGCACAGAAAAUAAACACAAUUAUUGAAUCUACUUCUGCUAACAUUUUCAAAAAAAGGCAAAAUGCAUAUUGUAAUAUUUGGUACAUGACACUUGCAUGUUGAUAUGCCUAUAUACUUACAAAGUAUUCAAUGUGUACUUAGUGGCGCUUAAAAUAUGUCAUGUACAACUCUUAUAAACAUUCUUACAGGGUUCCCAUUUGCACUUCAUCUUUCAGUAAAGUCUUGUCAGAAAAAAACUUGUCUGAUACAUAUGGAAAAAUAAAAUGUGAAUUUUAGUUAUCUGUUGGACAUUACUGAAUUGUCUAUUCAUUUAGUUCAUUUCCCUAGGCUUGAAAACAGAUAUUGAAAGAUGGGACUUUCUUUUCACCACUGACAAGUUAUAAAAGAUGUUACAAAGCAUCCCUUUAUACCAAACAUUAUUUUGCAUAUAUAUUUUUCAGCUGCGUACAUUAUUCAUUCAUUUUAGUUUUCCUCAGUGAUACCCACUACAGUGUAAACUUCUAAAUGUAAUUUUAAAAAGUUAACCAGUAGGUUAUCUUAUUUGUAUUACAUUCAGUCAUUACUCCUUGGAAUAUAUGAACCUUGUAAUAUAACUAAGGGAAAAAAUAUUGAUGACUUAGGGAAAUUUGCUGAGAUUGUCAAAAUUUCAGAACUCUGUAAAAGCAAUUUUACAUUCACUUAUGUAUGUUUACUGAUGUUGACUAGGGAAAGAAGCAGAAAUACUCAGCCCUAUUAUUUUCUUUUUUUACUUCACCCUCUAAUAUAUUUCAACUACCUAAAAUAAUAUGAUUAAUAAUAUAUCCAUCUUAAGCUUAUGCCAAUAAGAAUUUGAGAUAAGCUUUUAAAUUUAUGGAGAAUUUUCUUUGUGUCUUUGGAAGUUCACUUAUCAUAAGGUAUUUUAUAGUCUACUUUAAAUAACAGAUUUUGUUAUACAGGGUAAGCCAAAGGCUGUACAAGAAUUAGUGUCAUUGGGUCUGAUAUCUGUGUUAGACCAUGAAAUAUUCCAUUAAAAUUUAUCUGUAAAUACAA